UGAAUCUGAUGAGAACUAGCAAAAGCGUUUAGAUUUGAACAUGAGAAAAUGGUCAUUGGAUGAAGAAAUAUCUCUAUUCAAGGCUAUUUGCCAGCACAAGCCUGUGGGAAAACAUAAAUACUCAAAUAUGCUCUGUAUUUUAAAUCAGUUAAAUUCUGAUGUUUCUAACACCUCCAAUCAAUCUGAGAAAAAUUUGAUUCGGGUUGAAGACAUUUGGGAAAAAUUGAGAUAUUCUUUUAACUUAGAUGGGUUGGAUGAACUAGAAUUAUCGGAAUCUGAUUAUUUUGAAAACGAUGAUGACACUGAUUCUUCUGAUGGUAAAAACACUAAAAAUGCAAACGCUGAAAUCAAUCAGCUUUUUAACAACAAUAUCAAAUUAAACAAUCUAGAGAUAGUAAAAGGAAGAGAAUUUGAAUUGCCUUAUAAAGAAUUCGGUGCGUUAAUUGAAGAAAAAGCUAUUUCUUUAUCUCCGGAGGACAGUAGCGACGGUGACUAUGACAUUGAAGAACAAGACGAAGAGGAAGAUGAUGAAAGCUCUGAUGAUGAUGAUGAUGAUGAUGAUGAUGAUGGUGAAGAAGAAGAGGAAGAAGAAGAAAAAACACCAGAACCUAAAAAUGCUUCAAAGAGAACAAGAUCUCAAACAACGACGACGACGACAACAACAACCAACAAUACUCUGAAAAAAGUUAAAAAACAAAACACAAAGGCAAACAACAAAAAAAUUCCUUUAAAAAACACUGAAUCUGGUUCAAAAAGAAAAACGAAUCGAAGACAAAACUUAAGACGCUCUACCAGAAAAUAGUAAAUUCAGUAAAAUUUCGAUUUCAAUUCCAGUUUAAUUCAAUCCCAAACCAAUGUUAAAAUUAAAAUCAAAAUUAUAAUUACAACUAAUGCUAAAAUUAAAAUUGAAAAUUAUCUAUUAAAAUUAGCUUUUAAUAUCAUCACUAAAAUAUUAACUUGAAUAUAUAAAAACGGG